GACAGCUGCUGCUUGUUGCAGGGCGUGUUUGUGUUAAGAGAAUAGCGUUGCACGGGAUUGAAAACCAACGAUUUGUUUACACAUUCUUGAUAUGCUUGUUUUUUUUAUCGACUGCAAACAACUUCCUGAAUACAUAACUGGAACAGAAUAUUUUCAUGAGUGUAACAAUAAACAACGGGGCGAAAUUGUGUCAGUUUCGACACAGCUGAAUGAAAGGAUCUGAAUUUGCAAGUGGGGUUUCGGGUGCCCAUGUUACUCCAGCCGAACUGGAAUGAUGUCAUUCCUGUGGCAGAGCAGGCUGUGUCGAGCACAACUUACCUGGCUGAGCUGCAACAGAGCCUCAAGCCAGGGUGGACCGUGCAUGUCAACAGAGAUGGGCGACUUUAUUACUGCAAUCAUGUAACACAAACUUCUUCAUGGCUGCCACCAGCUGAAACUUGGACAGACAGGGGUAAUGGCUUCCCUUAUGGAUGGGAGGAAGCCAUUGACACAAAUGGAAAGACAUAUUUCAUCAAUCAUCUCAAUAAAACUACAACAUAUGAAGAUCCUCGUAAAGACUGGACAGAGGAACCACCUCAACCAAGAGAAGUGGAACUCAGCCGUCAUCCUGAGUUGGGCUUCGGUUUUGUUGCUGGGAGUGAAAAACCUGUUAUUGUAAGAUUUGUUACUGAAGGUGGCCCAAGUGUUGAUAAACUACAACCUGGAGAUCAGAUUCUCAUUAUUAAUGGGGAAGAUGUAAAGAAAGCUCCACGUGAUCAUGUAAUCCAGCUUGUAAGGUCAUGUAAAGAAACAGUUAAACUCACUGUUUGUCAGCCUCCUCUUGACAAUUCAGCUCGAAAAUCUGCACUCCUCAGUGCAGCAAAAAAGGCGAAGCUGAAAUCAAAUCCUUCACGUGUUCGCUUUGCAGAGGGUGUUGUUGUGAAUGGAUCACCACUUUUUCCUCCAUCUACAUUUUCCUCAGGAGACUCAUCUGUUCCUUUCAUGCCUAAUGUCUUGAAAGUAUUCUUAGAAAAUGGUCAAACAAAAUCAUUUAAAUAUGAUUCAAAUACAACAGUUAAAGAUGUAGUAGAUUCAUUGCACCAGAAGCUUUGCAUAAAAGCUAUUGACCAUUUUUCUCUGGUUGUUGAACAUGUGAAAAGUUUGAGGAGGAACAAACUCACUUUGCUGGAUCCUAUGGAGCCCCUAGCAAGGAUAGCUGCUAGACCAGGUUCUCAUAACCUGAGGUGCCUGUUCCGAGUAUGUUUUGUACCUCGAGAUGCUUGUGAUCUGGCUCAACAAGAUCUUAUAGCUUUUGAAUACCUUUAUAUGCAGUGCUGCAAUGAUGUUGUGCAAGAACGCUAUGCACCUGAACUGAAAUAUGAUAUAGCACUACGUUUAGCUGCUUUACACAUUUAUCAGCAUGCACUGUCCAAUAAUAUGUCAGGGAAGAUAACUGUCAAGGCAAUAGAGCGUGAAUUUGGCCUUGAAAGGUUUGUUCCUGUUUCACUCAUAAGUACAAUGAAGAGGAAGGAGCUUCGUAAAUUGAUUGGCCAUUUUCUUAAACUUAACAACAACCUUUCUCCAUCAGGACAGAAGAGUCUUACAAGUUUGCAGGCAAAGCUGUAUUAUCUUAAUAUUAUUAGUGAAUUGCCAAGCUAUGGAGCUAAAUGCUUUUCAAUAAAUGACAUGAGCAUUGAACGUGUCAUUUUAGUCAGCCCUAAAUUUGGAAUCAGUCAGAUAACAGGUUUGAGGAACAGUGUUCCUGUUCCACUGGCUGACAUAGAGCAAAUGAGCCAGAUCACAGUAAAGCGAGAAGAUGAAAUAACUCGCUGUGUAAAAAUUCAUUUUCCAGAGUCAGAUAAAAAGGAACUGGUGUUAAGUUUAGACGAACAAGAUGCAGCAGAACUUGUGCUUGUGUUGCAAGGUUAUUACAGAUUGUUGACUGGUUUGGAGUUACCUUUAGAGAGAGACAUUAUACCUACAUGGGUUGAUGAUGCAGCUCCGUCAUACCAUUCACAGCACUUUGUUGUUCCUGCAACAUGGAGCUAUGGUACCAAAGAAACAAUUAACCAUACUGCCACAUUUUCUGUGCCACCUCCAUACCAGUCACUCCAUAUAAAAACCAAUGGACACCUGCUGUCAUCCAGAAUCAAACCACCACUGACAGACUCUAUAAAUCCAAAUAAGACAGAGUAUGGGGUCGAUAAUAAUAUGAACAAAAUGACAAAUAUCCGAAAUGUAAAUGGUACUGCUGGGGCCGAUGGCACCCAUUUUCUACUGGAUGAUAACAGAAAAGCAGCAAGUGGCCAAGUCAUGGACUUCAGCUCUCUUAAAUUUGGAUGUGAUCUUCAGAGUGUGGUUUCAAUGGAAAUAUUGGAGAGUAGCUCAUGCAUAGAUGCUAGAAAUGAAGAGGUAAUGAGAAGAGUUGCUGAAAUGCAAGAAUUGGUGCAGAAUUCAGAGCAGUAUCUGACACAACAUCAGAGGGAAGAAAGUGAUUCGGAAAGCUCACAUAUUUCUUCAUUAGAUUCUGAUGCCCCUGGUCAACUGAAACACAGUGAUUCAUUACUCUUGUUGGCACAGGGACAGAAGCUCAUCUCAGAUGAAGUAAAUGAUGCAGUGAGAAAUAUAGAUUUAGGAGACAAUGAACCAUCUGAGAGUGAUACAGAUUCUAUGAGUACUCCUACAAACAGUCCAUCACACCGGCCACUGUCUGGCAAGGAGCAUUUAGGUUAUCAUUCCAACUCUGUUUUGACAGCCAGCGGAUCAAGUUUUGGACUGCACAGUCCAGAUAACCUGUUACCUAUAGGGUUUCACACAAGUGACCACAGUGUUCAGGAUUUACUUAAACGCUUGCAAGAAGACAAUACACUCCCAUACAAUUUUGCAGAAGGUACAUUAUACCUGGAUCCUGAUAUUAUUGACCUAACAAUGAUACCACCACCAAUUACACCAGAUGAGCUUACACAUGAGGGAGCUAAUACACUGUUGCCACAUCUGAGCCUUCCACCAACUCCAUUUGCUGAUCAUUCACCACUUGAAACAGAAUUACAAAUAAGAGAACAAAGAAUAAACAAUAGAAACAAGUGUUCAAAUCUACGGACCCACAAUGAUUCUUUUCUUGGUGAUUACUCAAAUAAAGAAGGAAGCAUAGAAGUGCUUUCGAACUCCAGUAUGUCAGAUACCAUACAUUCUGGACAGAAUGAAGAGUUGCUUCCAGACCUAGAUUUAAAUUUGGAUUUGGAAGCUUUUCUGGCCUCAGUGACAGUCCCACCCCCAAGUCACCAGGCUACUGGAUCUACUGAACUCACUCCUGAAGAAAUAAUGUCUUUCAUCAUACCACCACCUCCUGUAAAUGGCAAUGACAUACCCACUACUUUGAUGAAGGAUGAUAAACCAAUUUUGAAAUAUCAGAAUGAAAUUCCCAAUGAGGGACAACCAUCAGAUGAAAAGAGUCAUGAAAAAGAUUUUCUAACAAUGACACAGCAUACUGAUUCCUCAAAUUUCAUUGAUGCAUCCAAAAAGAGUAUGAGAACAAUUGAAUAUGCCACUAUAAAUUGCAAGAGUUUCUCUUGUUGUGGAAAAAAGAAAGCAAGUCCACAAAAGAAUGCAAACACAGAAGAUACUAUUCGACCACCACCAAGAAAUGGCCAUGAUAUGUCCAAACCACCUGCAAGACCGCCAAAAUCUGCCGAUCAUUUGAAGCAGCCAAGCAUCCCACCAGAACUAAACUCAUUAACAAAUCGGGAUCUACAAAGAGAAGAGAGUCCUCCACCACUGCUGCCUCCUCGAAAUGACAGUCCCAACCACAAGCCUCCCCAGAAUGCAUGGUUACCUCACAAAAAGCUUUCACCCACACCUGUACUCUGCCAGGACACACCAAACAAGACUUCACAACACAGUCCUGUGCCUAUUAUUAAGGCGGUGCGGUGUGAACAUUCAGACAAUUCUUUGGUAACAACCCCUAGGUCUUAUUUUUCCACUCCAUAUCUUAGGAAUGGCCAUAUUAUAUCAAAUGCUGGGAAUAUGCCACAGAUGAGAGAAUUACUCUUCAGUAAAUCAAAUGCAACAUUAGUUGGAUUACUAGAGCGGCUGGAUGAAGUCAUAGAACAGUGCUCAAAAGCACAAGCUGCAGGAGGUGGAGCCUGCAUGGAUGAAGCAAGGUUUCAGGCAGCUAAGGAGUUACUCACAAACGAAGCACGGCAGUUGGUUACAGCAUCAAAACUUUUUGUUAAGAGUGCAACAGAUGCUUCUGGAAAGGAUCUAACAGAAAAUCUGGCAAACUGCCUGUACCACCUACGACGGCUGACUGAUCUUGCUUCAGAUGUGACUGUGCAUACAACUUCACCUUUGCAGACAAGGAAUCUUAUUGUAAAAAUUAGAGAUGUUACAGAAAUGUUCAAUGAAACAGUCUCAUCUGCUUUAGGAAUGACUGAAGUCCCAGAAACUUUACUGCUACACAGAGCAGAGAGUCUGGCUAGUGUGCUUGCCACACUGUUACGAAGUUUGAGGGUCUUUUCUCCAUAGCACAAGAAUUAGCAUAACUAGCUUAUAGUGAAACUUGUAGAUCAAGAAUAAGAUACUCAUUUCUGUCUGUUAGUUGAUAUAUAGCUUGUAUGUACCAUAAAUAAAUCAACACAUAAACUACAUGUAUUUUGCUGCUUCGCAGCAAGUUUGCUAGUUUCUAACAAUGACCAAUUGUGUGUACAGUGUAAAUUUUGGUUUUUACUUUUUGUUAUUACAUUAGUCAGAAAGACAAAAAAGUGAGCAUAAUAAAUAAUACUUUACAUCAUGGCAGCACAAAAGGAAGAGCACUGAGAAUGAAGAACAUCUGUAGUAACAAUAUACAUUUUUUAUGGAGCAGAAAUGAUUCCCUAUGUAAUUAAAGAGUUGAGGUUUUUAAUGCAAUUGUAAUUAAAGUAUGUAGAUUCCACAAGGCGUUUUUCACUGUCAUGAGAGGUGGUUAUUACUAAAGAAACUGUUCCAAUUUGUGUCAAUAUAGAUAGCAGAAAACUAUCAAAAUCAGUACUGCACAGUAUUUCAACAAAAAAAUACUUCUUCCGCUUUUAAAUAUAUUCAUUUUUCAUUGUUUCUGAGAGAACUGAUGACCUUUAGGAACUGAUAAUUUCAUUUAUCAGCUAGAGAAAAUUACAUGAUGAUUCUUCAUUGUUAAACAGAAGCUUCUAAAGUGCUUGCCAGUUUAAAAGAUGUAAAAUAUAUAAGACUGAACACACCUUUCCUUACUUCUUCUAUAUAAUGCUUUCUCUAGAAAUCAGAAUUUCUUUUCCAGCAUGUAUCAUUAACUUUUUGGUUUAUUAUUCCACCUUAAAUUGCUCAACAGUUGUAUUUAAAUUUUUGGUUUGGUGAAAUAACCAUUUAGGCUCAUAGAUAUAGUUACACCAUCAAUGUUGUUAUAGCCUUCAAACAUCUGUCUUAGCCUAGUAGUAAAGUUUUAUAACAGAUUUAUCUGUGUUUUCUUGGAGUGUUUAUGGCAGCCAUAUACAAACACUUAAUCAGCAUAACUACCAGUAGGGAAAUUGUCACACUGCUUUCACACUUAGCACAGCAAGAAGUUUUCAGAAUCCAGUAUUAGCUGAAAGAAAGAAGGGCUCAAGGAAUACCAGUCUAUAGGUGAAGAUCAUCACAAGCUUGUUUAACAUUAUUCCAGUUCACAUUGUUUCCAGACAGACUCAACACUUCUCCUAGAAAAUUGAGAAUGGCCUCCCUUCAUUAUGUUGGAAGUAUCAUAUGGAUAAAACCUCCCUCCAUAUCUCUCAAAGCAUUGUCUAGUGGAAAGAAACAGACUGUAUCUCUACCUUAACAAAAUAGUUGACAGUGUGGCAAGCAUUCCAGAAAGUUCUCUUUACACUAUUCAUCAAGCAGCAGGUGUCCUGCCUUGCCACAGUAGAAAUACAGUUUAGUUUCAUUUAAUAAGAACUUAUGAUCUAGUUGAGACUAGAUUUUUACUUUCUUAAUGUGACAACUGUGACAUAAUAUCUGUACCGAAACUAACCGUACAUACCAGUUGACAAUUUUUAGGUAAUCUCUCUCACCACACUCCCUCCCUGUACCGAAACUAACCUUACGUACCAAUUGACAAUUUUUAGGUAAUCUCUCUAUCUCUCUCACUACACUCUCUCCCUCCCAAUACAAACAUUAUUCUCCAAAUAAAAAAAGAGGAAGUAUCACCUUGAAUAAAAACUGUUAUGGCACCUAUAAUGAAUUCCAUAUGCAUGACUUACAAUUAUGUGUGGUAUCUAUAUUAAAUUCUUGAAAACAGCCACAAGUCACACUUCGUAUUUAUAAAAAGUUAUUACUUAUAAUAAAAAUACAAAGUGUGACUUCUGGCUGUUUUCAAGUACUUAGUUUUAACAGUUACUCCCCCUGCAGGCAAUGCCUGCUCUUGAUGUAUCUAUAUUAGUUAAUUUUACAAAAGUUUUAUUUACUGGUACUCAGAAAAAGUAUACAUAUUAAGAAAAAAGUGUGGACAUUAUAGAACAUGUAGGUCAGAAUAGUUUUCAGUGAGAACACUGUCUACAGUAUUUUCUGCUAUGCCAUUUCAAUCAGUUUUAAACUUAUAUUAAUUUUACGCUGUGACUGAUUUACAGUUCAAUAAAAAUAUGAAGCUUUUCUAUUUAUUCAUUCCAGGAAAUACCAAUGGUGUACAUAACUUUUCAGUUUAACAGUUCUUCACUAUAACCUAGAAUAAGUCUUAAAAGUACAAAUCAUGCACUACUUGUAGUAAGAAAUUGUCAGUUUAUUUGAUAUUUUUAGUGUUUUUUAUUUCAAGAGGAUGAAGAUAACAAUGACAAUAUUUACCAGACUUUUCUUGUAUUUUUUUAUUAAGAAAGCUAUUUAUACUGGAAGUUAUUACUUUUCUGUACAAUUAAAACAUUCAAGUAUACUUUGCAUUUUAACAUAAUUCAAAAUGUUUGAUAAAACUAGUCAUUAAUUUCUCAUUGUCUAUUUAUAUGUCUGUGUGUGUGUGAGUGUGUGUGAUAACACACACACACUAUUUUUACUUUGUAAGAAUAAGUUUUUGCCCAAUAUGUAUGUAAUAGUAUGUAAUAAUUGUGUGUGUGUGUGUGUGUGUGUGUGUGUGUGUGUGUGUGUGUGUUAGCACAACCUGUGUCAAAGAAAAUUACCUGUAAAAGAUACAUUAUUAUAAAAACAGAGUUACAAAUAAUCCUGUUCAUCAGGUGUACAGAUGGUUUAUCAUUGUUGAUAUACUACUGAAACAAUAGCUUUAAAAUUGUGUAGUUAUUAAGCCUUCUUUUGUACCAAAGUUGUGAUAACUUUUAAAAAUGGUGAUGUAUAAAUCCCAUCUGUUGGGAAAGGGUUGUUUCUUGGAUGUUGUCGAUUUCUUUCACUUUGAUACUUAUCUGUAAAAGUUGUGAACUUACAUAAUUUAAUUUGACUAAAUCAACAUUACUUACAAAUAUUGUAAUAUCUCAGUAUCAUUGGCAGUCUGAACAAAUGAAGAUGAAUUAUUAAUAAAAUAUGU